UGCUGGCGGAAUGUGAGGCGGGGAUUCCAGUGACCGAGGUAUUGGUCCAGUGUUCGAGGGUCGUGUAAGCCCGCCGUUAUCUCUUCACUAUAAUAACACAUCAGCUUUAACUGGCGUCUCGCCUUGAGGGACUUACAUUUUGCGUGCGAGUAUUUAUUGCCUUCCGUAACGCUGCAAGCAGCAGUGUAGAGACUCUCUUGACGGAAGUGAGUCUGUUUUUAUCAUUUCUGUGGUUAUUACUAGUGCUGCUUGUGCUAUAACGUGAGACACAAUGGGAAUUCGGACUGCCAUCGCUUUGAUUUUGCUCGUCACAUUUCCAUUUGUGGCAGCCGAGGACGAUGAAAGCAAGGAAAGUGUGAUCGAACAGCUGGUUGUGGAGACACUGGUGAUGCCGGAGACAUGCACGAUUACAUCAACGAUGGGAGACACGCUUCAAAUCCACUACACGGGUCGAUUAAUGGACGGGAAGGUGAUUGACACCUCUCUGUCUCGUGAGCCUCUGGUCGUAGAGUUGGGGAAGAGGUCUGUCAUCACAGGCCUAGAGCAAGCCCUGGUUGGAGUAUGUGAAGGACAAAAAAUCAAGGUCACGAUUCCGGCUCACCUAGCAUAUGGAAAGAGAGGAUACCCUCCAACCAUCCCAGGAGACAGUGCACUUGAGUUUGAGGUGGAGGUGAUCUCUCUGUCCCAGCAAACCCCUUGGCAGAAGUUAGUUAAUGAUGUCCUUCCCCUGGUGUGUUUGGCGCUGGUUCCCACUCUACUGGGCUUAGUAGGUCUCUACCUCUACAACAAAGCAAAUGCACAACCUCAAGGAAAGAAGUGCAAAGACAAGAAAAGCAAAAAGAAAUGAGAACAAAGCCAAAAAUAAUAAACUAUUUAAAUUUAAAAAAGACAAAAACUCCAUGUUUGUUUGGCAUUGGGUCUGUUCUCUCAUUUACUCACCCUCAUGCCAUACCAGAUGUGUAUGACUUUCUUUCUUCUGAAGAACACAAAUUAAGAUUUUUAGAAGAAUA